AUGAAGAAUUACUCGUUUUCGUCUCGGACUUCAUCGCGGGCUAUGGCCGCGAGGUUGGUGAACCCGGCGGCGGUUCUCCUCUUCUCAAUCUUCUUCGCGCUUUUAGCGACGAAUUUUUUCGUUUUGCCGGCGAAGGCGCUUAAAACUUCGUCGAAAACGAAGAGGAUGAUAGGAGUAAAAUCUCGAUCGGAAGAAGAGUUUCCUACUCCCUACUCUUCUUUAACCGAUAGUACUGAAAAUCUUCCUCAUGGAUUGAUGCUCACAUCGAAUGCUGCCGAAGAAGAUACAGCUUUAUCGAAUACUUCGGCUACAUACGAAACGGAGACAAGAAACGUUUUGAAGCAAGAUUCUACCUUUGAAAAGGACAUAAGCAUGGCUGGAGAAGAGAAAAAAAGCGCUUCUUCGUCGGCGCUUUUGGGCCAUUCAAAGGGCGCAAUUCAUCAUCACCAACACGGCGAGGAUGAAGGCAACAGCGACAACGAUGAUGAAGAUGAUUCUUCUACUUCGUCUACUUCUGAUUUCUACGAAUCCCUUGCUCUCGACGACGAUGCCGUCGACUUUGUCGACUACAAUACGUACGGCGCCAAAAAUGGUGACGAUACCGACAAAGUUCUCGAGGCGAUGUUGGAAAAGAAAGAUGACAUCUCUCUCUCUUCAGAUGGUAAUGCGGUCACUUCCGGAGCGCCGGCGAAGAAUGUUUUGAAGCAAGAUUCUACCUUUGAAAAGGACAUAAGCAUGGCUGGAGAAGAGAAAAAAAGCGCUUCUUCGUCGGCGCUUUUGGGCCAUUCAAAGGGCGCAAUUCAUCAUCACCAACACGGCGAGGAUGAAGGCAACAGCGACAACGAUGAUGAAGAUGAUUCUUCUACUUCGUCUACUUCUGAUUUCUACGAAUCCCUUGCUCUCGACGACGAUGCCGUCGACUUUGUCGACUACAAUACGUACGGCGCCAAAAAUGGUGACGAUACCGACAAAGUUCUCGAGGCGAUGUUGGAAAAGAAAGAUGACAUCUCUCUCUCUUCAGAUGGUAAUGCGGUCACUUCCGGAGCGCCGGCGAAGAAUGUUUUGAAGCAAGAUUCUACCUUUGAAAAGGAUAUAAGCAUGGCUGGAGAAGAGAAAAAAAGCGCUUCUUCGUCGGCGCUUUUGGGCCAUUCAAAGGGCGCAAUUCAUCAUCACCAACACGGCGAGGAUGAAGGCAACAGCGACAACGAUGAUGAAGAUGAUUCUUCUACUUCGUCUACUUCUGAUUUCUACGAAUCCCUUGCUCUCGACGACGAUGCCGUCGACUUUGUCGACUACAAUACGUACGGCGCCAAAAAUGGUGAUAAUACUGCCGCAACAAACGAACAAAUGAUAUCGGAAUAUACCUCUUCGAAAGCGGCGUUGACAACAACAUCUUUGAAACCCCUUUUAGGUGCUCCGUUCGAAUUACCGUCGGCUGGAUCAAGCUUUAACUCUGUUCCUUAUCCAAGAACCCCAUCCUUGUAUCACGGUUGGAACGGAUACGGACACCAUUAUGGUUAUUACCCGACUGUAUGGGUCAACGACGGCGUUUGUGUCGUUGAAGGUUUGCUAUCAGGACACCAUUGGGGACACAUUGGUAACUUGCCUGGUGACUGCCGCCCGUCCGGUCGAGAGAUUUUUAAUAUGAACAAUCACCAAUACACGAGUCGCGUGGAUGUCUUGUCUAACGGCGAUAUUCAUUGGAUUACGGGCGGUCAUUCUCAUGGGUGGCUAUCUCUUUCCGGGAUGACCUUCGUGACCAACGCCGGGCCGAAAACUGGAUUACCGUUCAAUAACGGCUACAAAAACUAUGGACAUUCGUAUGAAGGGCCGUAUUACUCCAAAAUCAACAACGAGUGCAUUUUAGGAGGCUUGAUUGGAGGCGGCAACGGGAAAAAUCACGUGGGCACUUUACCAGCGGGCUGUCGUCCAAGACAAGGUUUGCUUUUCAACGUGAACAACCAUCAGUGCACCAUGCGCUUACAUGUUGCGACCGACGGUAGAAUACAUAGAGAUACGGGUCGUUGCCAUGCCUGGACCUCAUUGGCUGGCGUUACUUUCCCGGCGAGCGAGGCGACAAAAACUACCUUGCAACUCUCAAACGGUUGGAAAGGCUAUGGUGGAUACUGGGGGACGCCUUACUACUCUUUGAUCAAAGGCGAAUGUAUCGUUCAAGGUUUGAUCAGCGGAAACAAGUGGGGAUAUAUCGCCACGUUACCGGAAAUAUGCAGACCAAUGAAGCGUUUGAUUUUUAACUUGAACAACCAUCAAUACACGAGUCGCGUGGAUGUACUUCCAAACGGACAAAUACAUUGGAUAAGCGGCGGUGCUCAUCACGGGUGGUUGUCACUCACGGGUAUUAGGUUUGAAGCGUUGCCGCCAUUGCCGCCCGUAGUUUCUAUUAAGAUUACUCCGGGACAGGUAACGAGUAAAGAAUUUAAUUUUGAUAUACGAGUCUCCCAUGCUGUGUGUUCUACUUCUUCGUGCUUUGAGUCGUCCGUUCAAAAAGAUGCAAAUGUGGCAAUGGGUUUGAACUGCAAAGCUUUUAUACAACCAGUGGGCGACAAUAAGUGCAAUUACGGAAAUGCUAAAGCGCACAUGCCAUGCAAAAAGUGGGAUAAUUUCUUUGACGGUACGAAAGCUUCGGACGUGCAAACGUAUUUGAGCCUCACGGACAAAGACGAUCAGCUGGCUACAGGAAAGUAUGAGAUUCUUUACAACUGCUACUACGGAGAGCAAUCUCAAACGAAGUUCAAAAGUUUGCAUACGUUUACAGUCAUGUCUGGUUGUUCUGACUGGUUACCAACUUCGUUCCGAGGCUUAUCAAUCGUUGAAUUAUUUUUACAAUCUGCCCCGGCUUUUUUGGAUGUCAAACCUCCAGAAUGCGACCAGAUUGAUCGGGUGAAGGAAUCAAUCUUUCGAGAAUUCGAUACUUUCCCGCUCGAUGGUAAGCUGUCUGCGGCCGAGAUAAGAGAUGCUUUCUUUAAACACGACGUUGACGCCACUUAUUUGGAUCGUCUCAUCGAAGAAGACUAUUUUGAAGCUCGCAACGGUGGUAUCAUGAUGAGUGAUGUUAUUUCUUCUCGAGCGUUGCCAUUGGCUUGCACGGGCACAACGUUGACGGAUGCGUCCGAUGUUUUCUUUACGAAAUCAACAUACCCUACCAUGCAAGCCAACGAAGCAGAGUGUGAAUCGAGCAAAGAAGGCGUAACUUUAGAGUGGGAUUUCAAACGCGUUCCGAGUACUAAUGAUCUUCAGUGUUUGUACACCGACGGUCAACUGUUACGCGCAUUUAAGACUGACUCAAAAAAGAAGUCCGUUCAAGCAUUUAAAGAUGAGCGUCCUACAGCAGGUGUCGGUGAAGAUGCCGUGAAAUUGGUCACGCAACUGCCUUUUGAUGUUGACUUGAAGAACAGUGUCGAUAAUUCCGGCGCGUCAACUUUGUCAAAUGUUAACCACGGUUACAUCACCUCUUCUGGCUGCGUGACUGCAACCGAAGAUGGUGGGAAAUGUUUCAAAAGAACCUCCCAUUCCACUGCUUUUGUUUUGAACGACCAAAAAGCAAUGUCGAAGUCAUCAAUAAUGACAUGGGUAAGACUAUCGCAACGUACCGGUGGUGAUCAGUAUCUCUGGUUUGCCAUGGGUUACGACUCUAAAGAUUAUCAAAAGUCCUUUGGUAUCGAUGCUUCUGGCCACGCAUUUGCGCAGUUGAACGCAAAAGUAAAGGUCACGGGAUCUAAAGUGUUGGAAGUUGAUGAGUGGUACCACGUCGCUAUGAACUUAAACAAGCAAACUGGAUUGUCUAUUUACGUCGAUGGGACUCUCGAUAAAUCUUUGGAAUCCAUCGAUAACAUUCAAAUGGACUUUCCGUUCGUGGCAUCCAGCGUGAAAAUAUUGGACGCUUUGGGAACAUUCGAUGACUUUCGAAUCUAUUCCGGUUUGCUUUCGAAGCUGCACAUUUCUUCCGUAUACCAAUGCGGGAGACGCACAUCGUGCGCGCAGUUGGCUCGAGCUACUCCACAAUCGAGACGGGUGUACUGCAUCGUUCCAAGCUACAACACGGAAAAAAUGAGCAGUGGUUUCACGCCCCCUUGCGUUGCUGGUUUAUACUAUAACGGAGCAGCUAUUGAUUUGCAGUUGUCACCGACGCAAAAGGGUGUCUUAUUUUCAUUCAGAGACACUGCUUUAGAUGAGUUAUCGUAUGAGAUACUGCGACGACCAAAUGAUGCCAUUACUGGUCCUCUGGGCAAUUACAAAGCUGUGGUGAUGAUUGACUCUGCGUUGGAUUAUUGCGCGACGACGUUUUCUUCGCUCACCUUCUUCGACGAUGAAGCUAUCAAGUUACCGGGUAAGACCUGGGAAUAUGCAAUAAAAACGAAAUUUAAGGGUGUCACCAAGAUUUCAGAUCCAAGAUCAUUCGUUACUCCUUUUUACGCAAUGUUCGAGGGUAAAGUAGUCGCCGGUAAAUCAGGCGUGCCAGUUCCGAACGUUCGUGUCUGUACUCGUUUACUCAGAGGAUCUCAAAGUAGCUCGUCUUUGAUUGACCGCGAUGCAUCCGAUAUUAACUUGGCUGCAUACAUGAAUGCGUGGCACUCAGAACAAGAGGAUCCAAACAAAAGGUCUUCUGCGUACAAAGUGACCGAUCAAGACAUAUCUUCAUAUUCUGAGUUGGAAGGUGGCGAGUGGUUUAACGUCACUCUGUCCUUAUUUUCAAAAAUAGAUCGAGUGAAUGUCUGUUCUGUGGAAGAGAAAGUUGAGCUCGAUGUCCGCGUCUUAGAUUAUUCGGAUCCUAAAGAUGAAGGAGACUUGGGUGCACCCUGCAUACUCGAAGAAAAUUAUGCCGACGGCUAUCCAAUUUUGUUCAACAUUGGUUCUUCAAUCUGCAGAACUUACGAUUGCAGAGGUACCAAAGUAGACUCAUACCUUGGUAAAGUUGUCACGGUGAAAUCUGUUUCGAGCUCGUCUCAGAAAUAUCACGUCUCAGAAAUCCAGGUCAUGGGAGUUGAUGUCGAUUGCCCUUACACUUCAUUUUCCGAUGAGGAUGGCAAUUAUGAAAUUGAUGUGUUAGACUUGAGUGGUCAAACCAUGCGAAAAGCAUACAUCGGUACCGUGGCAUUUAAAACUGAUGUUUUCGAUGAAAUUGAUACGUUGAUGGUAAAUGCCACCGGAAACAAAAACCCAGAGUCAUUUCUAAUUGCUUUAUCCCUCGAUGAAGAUCUUUUGAAGAAGAACUGGGAAACAUAUGGAAAUGUAAUGUCAGACGCGGAUGCUCUUUGCUAUCGAAGUAAAUACUCCGAUAUAAAAAAGGCAUACGGUGACGAUCUUGAAAAAAUCAAAUCGCAUUAUGACAAACACGGUAGUUGGGAAGGGAGGAGUUACCAUGGUUGCAACCCGACAGCGGAACUAGGAAGCGCGAUAGUGCCUAGAAUGGGCGCAGACUACGAAAUUGAGUGGAAAACAGGCAUUAGCUUUAACUCUGUUCCUUAUCCAAGAACCCCAUCCUUGUAUCACGGUUGGAACGGAUACGGACACCAUUAUGGUUAUUACCCGACUGUAUGGGUCAACGACGGCGUUUGUGUCGUUGAAGGUUUGCUAUCAGGACACCAUUGGGGACACAUUGGUAACUUGCCUGGUGACUGCCGCCCGUCCGGUCGAGAGAUUUUUAAUAUGAACAAUCACCAAUACACGAGUCGCGUGGAUGUCUUGUCUAACGGCGAUAUUCAUUGGAUUACGGGCGGUCAUUCUCAUGGGUGGCUAUCUCUUUCCGGGAUGACCUUCGUGACCAACGCCGGGCCGAAAACUGGAUUACCGUUCAAUAACGGCUACAAAAACUAUGGACAUUCGUAUGAAGGGCCGUAUUACUCCAAAAUCAACAACGAGUGCAUUUUAGGAGGCUUGAUUGGAGGCGGCAACGGGAAAAAUCACGUGGGCACUUUACCAGCGGGCUGUCGUCCAAGACAAGGUUUGCUUUUCAACGUGAACAACCAUCAGUGCACCAUGCGCUUACAUGUUGCGACCGACGGUAGAAUACAUAGAGAUACGGGUCGUUGCCAUGCCUGGACCUCAUUGGCUGGCGUUACUUUCCCGGCGAGCGAGGCGACAAAAACUACCUUGCAACUCUCAAACGGUUGGAAAGGCUAUGGUGGAUACUGGGGGACGCCUUACUACUCUUUGAUCAAAGGCGAAUGUAUCGUUCAAGGUUUGAUCAGCGGAAACAAGUGGGGAUGGAUCGCCACGUUACCGGACGCGUGUCGCCCUCAUUAUCGUUUGAUUUUUAACUUGAACAACCAUCAAUACACGAGUCGCGUGGAUGUACUUCCAAACGGACAAAUACAUUGGAUUGCGGGCGGUAAUCAUCACGGGUGGCUAUCUUUGACUGGAAUCAAAUUCGUCGCCGUUCCGAAAAAUGUUGUUCCACUGUCGUGGUAUUGGCAGCCUUACGGUUGGUCUUAUGGUCAAAUAACGUACACGGUGCAGGAUAACGUGUGCGAAGUCCAAGGCUUGCUGCGAGGCAACAUAUGGAACUAUCUAGCCACGUUACCCAGUGACUGCCGCCCGUCCGGUCGAGAGAUUUUUAAUAUGAACAAUCACCAAUACACGAGUCGCGUGGAUGUCUUGUCUAACGGCCAAAUUCAUUGGGUUACGGGCGGUCAUUCUCACGGGUGGCUAUCUUUGACUGGAAUCGUCUUCGUGACCAACGCCGGGCCGAAAACUGGAUUACCGUUCAAUAACGGCUACAAAAACUAUGGACAUUCGUAUGAAGGGCCGUAUUACUCCAAAAUCAACAACGAGUGCAUUUUAGGAGGCUUGAUUGGAGGCGGCAACGGGAAAAAUCACGUGGGCACUUUACCAGCGGGCUGUCGUCCAAGACAAGGUUUGCUUUUCAACGUGAACAACCAUCAGUGCACCAUGCGCUUACAUGUUGCGACCGACGGUAGAAUACAUAGAGAUACGGGCCAUUGCCAUGCCUGGACCUCAUUGGCUGGCGUUACUUUCCCGGCGAGCGAGGCGACAAAAACUACCUUGCAACUCUCAAACGGUUGGAAAGGCUAUGGUGGAUACUGGGGGACGCCUUACUACUCUUUGAUCAAAGGCGAAUGUAUCGUUCAAGGUUUGAUCAGCGGAAACAAGUGGGGAUAUAUCGCCACGUUACCGGAAAUAUGCAGACCAAUGAAGCGUUUGAUUUUUAACUUGAACAACCAUCAAUACACGAGUCGCGUGGAUGUACUUCCAAACGGACAAAUACAUUGGAUUGCGGGCGGUGCUCAUCACGGGUGGUUGUCGCUCACGGGUAUUAGGUUUGAAGCGUUGCCCAAUCCACCUCCUCCUCCUUCUCCUCCACCUCCUCCUCCGUCACCACCUCCACCUUCUCCGCCUCCACCUUCUCCUCCGCCACCACCUUCUCCGCCUCCGCCUUCUCCUCCGCCACCGUCGCCCCCUCCCUCGCCUCCUCCAUCUCCGCCGCCAUCUCCGCCCCCAUCUCCACCCCCAUCUCCACCUCCACCGACGCAUGCAUUUGUCGACGUAAAUGAUGAUAAUGUCGUAGAUAAGACUGAAUUUAUAUCUUACUGUAAAAACAGGACGAGGUAUAUCGACGCACACGUUGUGCUUCAAGAGAAGUUUUGGAAAAUUCUAGACAGAGAUGAGACGGGAACCCUGAAUAAAAUUGAGUUCACGAACGCAGUGACUGCUUUAGACAAAGGGAUUAUUUAUGGCGUGCCUUGGCUGGUUUAUCCAGCCGUUGGCACGAAGCACUUAACGCAAUUCUCGGCAAAGUAUAAGGACGUGUCUAAAAUUAAUGCAGUCUUUUCUGUCUUACCUAUUGACAAACCAGCGUUGCCUUUUUCCGAGGAAAGAUGGCAAAAGUGGUCCGAUAAGUUUGAAUCGUCUUACACAGAUUUUACGAUGGGUACUCCAUUGAAAUCUGAAAUUUCCAAAAACUCUCUUUUGGCGAGCAUGGGCGUUGAUGCUCUUCCGGAAACGAAGCUUUACGCGGUCCCUUUGGCUACUUACCCCACUUCAAAGAAUAUGAAAUUGACUAAACAUAUCGAUAAAGCAGAUCGCGUUGCUUUCUCUCACGCCGUCCACGGUAUCACCAAAGAAAUGUUUGACCCGGAUGAAGUGGAAGUGCAUGCGAUCCAAAGAUUACCGGAUGUAGUUCACGUUUUUGGCGACAAUAGUGAAAAAGUUUUACCCAUAAAACAUCUUGGGGCGGCUGGCGAAGAUAUCGAGGAUAAUACAGCUGUUCUCGUCACGGGGAUGGUACGAUUUCCAGCAUCGCGAACACAAGAUUUCGUCUGCGGCCUUCAAUUUGCAACGAUUAGUGCUUACGAGGGAAAGAAAUGCGAUGCAGAGGAGAUCGCAAGGAAAGAGUGUUCUCCGAAAGGGUACAAAUAUGAUGUUGAAGCAACGAACUAUACCGCAGACGAUUUGGGGAGAUUUGAUUUAAGCAUAACACCCGGGGAAACUUGGGCUUUUAUUGCGUCCUACGACGGUCACGAUUUAUGUUUCGGGGGAAACGAUUUAGAUGACUUUCCUUGCUCAGUGCAAAAUGAGACUUCUGUUAAGUUAUACGAAACAAUCUUCACUAAAAACAUAUACUAUGAGUUGGAAAACAUCGUAGGUGGUGAGUUUGUGGUCUAUUUUGACGUCACAGAACGGCCGGUAGAUGUUGGAUUGUACGCCGGCGCGUGCGGGACUCCAUAUACGGAAUACUCGUUAUUGAUAACGCCUGCGAACGGGUGCGGGGCACCAGUUGAAGUUUUCGAUAAAGAUAUUGUUGGAUCUACAGGCUCGCGCUUUGCAAAAGAUCAGUGGCCUUUAGUAGAUCCAAAAAAUGAAUCAUCGAACGUACGCCUUUGGCCGUAUGCGGCCAUGGAUUACUACAUUCAACUUGCUCAAGCUCCUGAUGUAUCCGCUUUAACUGAAUCAAAAAUCAUCGCUGAAUACAACGGCGCUUCAUGCACGCCGCCGGGAUCUAAUAUCAUGCAGUUCUUCCGCGAUAGAAAUGUUCUCGUACAAACCAUGUUAUUAUUAAAACGUACUUCCGCAGAAGUGAGGUACGUCUAUCACGGCUGGUUUUGCGCAGAACCAACGUUUGGUGAUAUACCGGAGAAAGCUUUGCAAACUCCAUUCACUGCGAUCCGAUCGGACGAGACGUGUCUUGGAACGGACUUGUCUAAGCACGACUUAACGCAAAAACAUUUAAUUGGAUCUUCUAAUUUGCAAUACUCCAAGGUAUCGCCGCAACUAUCCACUAUGAAGUAUGUAUCGAUGAAAGUAAUCGAAGCGCAUUAUACCGGGCCGAAUACCAUCACGUAUUGUUCAAACUUCCAGUCCAUCAUUAACGAUGUACCGACAAAGUUAGGAGUUCAAGUUCAGAUUCAACAAGAUGUCAGCCCACAAGCGAUGAAUCCUUGUCAUUCAUCUAGCGAACCGUCAGACGAGUGCGUCUUUACCGCUGUAAACGCCUCCUCGAGCUUGGUUCAAUUUGCUACCGUCGGGACAGGAAAGGAUCCAAACUCUCUCGAAAUUUCAUCGAAAGGCGCUGUUCCAAAUCUUGUCUCGCCGUACCGACGCAAAUUUCUGGCGCGCAUUGAACGUAACGAUGGAUGGGCCGUUACAAACUUGGCGGUAGAGCGCGAAUUUGUCACGGUCGCGAGUAAAAUACGUGGUGGAGGAUCUGAUCCAAGCGCUAGGUUUCAGUCUGACACGAAAUUUUAUGCGACGGCGCCUAUUCGCGGACUGGUGUACACCGUCGUUCACGACCCUCCUGGUGGUCAUUCAUUCGCUAGUAUCAUGCAAGGAACUCAUAUCGAUUUAGAGCUUGGCCUUGAAACGACGAGGGGUACCGGUAUUGAUUUCGCCGCGGACUGGGCUUUAGGAGCCGAGCUUGGCUUCAGUGUUGAAGUUCCCGGAUUAUCCGCUGGGUCAUCGUACGCCAACGUACUUCUUGAAUUCGAUGAUGAAGCUCCGGAGGGCUCAAAGGGGACGUUGGGUUUCAGCGUUGGCCAAUCGGGAGGAACUGAAUUUUCCGGCCCAGAUGUAAGUGUCUCUGCAACGACCGAUAAUGGAUGGGACUUCCAUUUUACUUUAGACAGAACAAUCAGUUCAUCGGAAGAGGAGGGAUUACCCGGUCGCGUUGGCGACACAAUCUUAGGCGGUGGAUUUGAAAUAGUCUACUUGAGAGUUGACACUGUUGACAUCCGAGACAGCUGUUUAAAAGUAAUCGAAGAAGUGCAGUGGCUUCCGAGAAAACCUACAUCGUACGUCGUUUCCAUUUUUCACGUGGAGUACAAACUAAUUCCAGAAAUCGACGGAUUAAUUGCCACCGCGAGUGAUAAAGACGCGAUAAUGACCGACGGCGAGUUUGGUAGUAAAUCCAACGAAGAGAUUAAAUCAAUCUGGAAGCACCGUUUGAAACAAUCCUUGGAGGAUUGGAAGAAAACAAUUGAAUGGUCGUCACCGGAUUUCAACCCAGAAGGCUUUUUAGCUCUUAAAACUCCAGAACAAAAGACAAAGAUGGGUGAAAUUGAAGCAGCAUUCGAUAAAUCCGCCGUUCCUUUCAGUUCCGAUAGCUCUGUCUUUGGCAGAUUAAUGAAGCCGAAUAUUGAUGAUGCGUAUGGAGCGUAUACUGGCGAUAAAGAUCGAUCGGAUUACACGGCUGAACAGGAUUGGAGGGACUUGAAUGCCGUCUGGAAAUCAAUCCCCCAAAAAGGAGCCACGGCAUCUCUGAGCUCCUUGAAACAAAGUAGUCUUGAUAUGGAUGAAAUUAUUGAAGGCGAAGGCAGCGAUCCUGACCAAGGCAACACCGGCAGAUGGUUCCCAGAUAAAGGUUCCGGGUUAGAAAGCUGGCAACUGAAGGGUGAUGAAGUUGGUAAAAAUGUAUUUACUUCUGUUGAGAAUGAUAGCGAUGCAGUGCCUGAUAGCCUCUUCUCUCGAGGUAUGUCAGAUGGCGCUGAAGCGGAUGUGCGCGCGCGCGGUGAUAUGGCUCUUGACGAUUCAUUCUUCGAAAAAGAUACAGUUGCGCAGUAUAUCGAUGCUUCUAUGUACGGAUCAAAGGCGCCUUUCAGCUUCAGUGGAGGGAACACCCACGAUCCGAAAAUGAACCCAUCGUCAAAAGGUCCGGAGCAAUCAAUCUAUUUGACGUUCUCCGGAGGCGGGCACGUGCUUGAGUUUCACUCUGAUUUAUCUUCUAAUAUCGACGGCUUUAGUUAUUCGUGGGCCAUUGAAGCUGAGGGCGGUUUUGGAGGCAGCCGGUCAGGCGAAUACUCCGUUUCCAUCGUAGAUGGAGAAGAUAACACGGGCUGGGGAAAAGGAAAAUCAAUCGCUCUCGAACAUGCCGUGGCGUGGUCAAAGUAUGGAGAUUUGGAAGUCUCGUACACACUUGGUGAUGGUGAUCCGUAUGACAAAUUCGUGGUUCAGGUUUUGAGCGACAAGCGUUUUGGGACACCAAUCUUCCGAACAAUCGGGGGCGCGUCAAAAUGCCCGGGCGAACCAAACACCAUGUGGAGAGAAUCUGGCCUAAUUAUUGAAACCGAGUGGAGCGCUGGCGCAAAUAAUAAGUUUAUCCCCCCUGGUCAAAGGGCUUUGUUUGAUCUUAUGAUUACCAACGAAUCGCCUUAUAGGGAAGGGCACAUCUAUGGGUUGUUGCUCACCUCGGGAAGUAAAUAUGCGGGCGAUUUUGGCGGGAACAUGAUGGACUUAUCAUUCUCAAUCAAUGGGGCGGACAGUCUUGCUCCUUUCCAUAGCUUAGUUCCUUUACACGACGUACCUUCGGUUGACUCCAACGGAGAUUUGAAGUAUACGCGUUUAUCCUUGAAUGUCAUGAAAGGACAAUUUGCUCAUAAGUAUUCUUCUAUCGGAGUGCAGUUGGUAUCUGAAUGUGAAUGGCAAAUGUCGAGAGACUGGUUGUACAGAUCGCCCAUCUCUUCAACAGCGUUUUUAGGCGAUUUUAAAUGGGAACGCGAGUGCCCAAAAGUUAAUUGGGAUCUGACCACGUACAAUACCUUCUUGAACGCGGUGCUUUCGAAACAAACUUCGCCGUAUGUGAAUAUGACGCUGAUGAAUCCGGAUCCAAUGAAUUUGUGGUCUGCCGAUGAGAUUGAAGGCAACACAAAACAUACAAACCAUUUGGUUCAUCCAAGUGUUGAAUUCGUUCGCGUGCAGUGGAGAAAACUGGGGGUCGGCGAGUGGAUAAAUGCGUGGGACAUGAUCGGUAAUGAUUCGGAUAUCUGGAAACGCGACGUGAAAGAUGCUGACGCGCAGUGUAAUUCGGCGCGCGGCGAAGGAUGCACUUUCAAAUGGAAUCUUCAGCGUCAGUACUUUAUGAACGGUUUGAAAGACGGAUCUUACGAAGUCAGAGCUAAAGUCUUCUGCUCCGGGUACGACUCGUUUGCAACUGCAGAUGUAAAAGGCUCUGUCACGGAAGAAAACUUGAACAUCAUCGUUGAUGUGAAGAAACCCGAAGCCAUUGAUAUGCGCAUGCUCCACAAUCGUUUCACGAUUGAUUACUCCGAGCCAAUUGUUUGUCCUCAGCUUCAAGCUGAUCACAUGACAUAUGCGAUUAGGCGCGUCAAGACAUGCGAUGGAACGAAGAUAACUUCAGGUGGUGAAGUGGACAAAAAUGACGUAUAUUUUCAUUACAAUUUUGCGUGUCUGGACAGAAAUUCUCUCAUGAUUUCUUUUCCGUACGAUGCGGAGCACGGUACUUACGAAAUCACCGUAAAUGCAGAUAAGCUCGGAAGUAAAAUAAUCGACGCGGGGAAUAAUCCUGUCGCGAAAGAGACGUUCUCGACGACGUAUGGAUGUGGGGAAACGAUAGAAGGAACACAAGCUUCUAAAGCGCCCACCACCAGCGCUCGAAGCGAGCUUGGAUCGCCGAGGACGGUGUCGUCGUCGUCGGGAGUCCAAGCGGGAAAAGAAAAUCCAUACUUUGCGAAGGGAGGCGAUUCUUCCACCGUAUUCUACUUGAAAGUGUAUGGUUUAGCUGCUACGGUCAUCGCGCUGUACGCUCUCUUCUCAUCUAAUGAACGCCGCAGCUUGUUUUACGGAAGUCCCUUCUCUCUCUUUCGAAACAAAGAUGAAAGUUCAUAUUUAGUGUCAAAGAGCGAAGUAUUAGAGAGAGAAAACGUGCAACAACGCUACGGGAGUGUGCUUUAG